CCGUCUGAAAAGUUAUCUACUAUUUUCCACUUGUAGUGAAAGUCUCGUCAAUUUUAUUUAGUUUUAGUUUUCAAUUAGUUUUAAGUAUUGUUUUUUGCGGCCAAUCAUGAAAUUAGUGACAAAAGUGAUCGCAUAUAGUCUGUCGGCACUAUUGCUGGUCCUAUUGGUGACAAUUGUCCGGACGAUAGUCUACUUCCCGGCGCCCAAAGAGAUCGACUCGUGUCCCGAUCUUCACGAACCGAUCGCCGGUUCGGCGGUUGUCGACCGGUUUCGGGCCGCUCUUCGCUUCAAGACAAUCACCAAAGCCGCCCAUAUCUAUGACACUCUUGAGCUUAAACGAUACAUCGAUUGGAUCAUCAAAAGCUAUCCGACAAUCCACUCAUCGCCGCACGUGUCUUACGAGUUGGUCAACAAUUACAGCCUCUUAUAUACGGUGAAGGGGUCCGACCGGUCGCUGAAGCCGUACCUGUUGUGCGGCCACUUGGAUGUGGUUCCCGUCGAGUUAGACAAAUGGGAUGUCGACCCGUUUGAUGGUGUCAUUAAAGACGGUUUCAUAUACGGCAGGGGAACCACUGAUGUCAAGAAUAUAGUGAUGGCAGCGUUCGAGUCGUUGGAGUAUCUGCUGAAGAAUGGCUUCAAACCUAAGCGCGGGUUUUACAUGGCGUUUGGUCACGACGAGGAGGCCCUGGGAUUGGACGGCGCGCAACACUUGGCCAAAGCACUCGAGUCUAAAGGGGUGACCACUUUGGAGUAUCUGCUCGACGAGGGAACCAUUAUAUUGAACAAGACGUUUGUCGGCGUCGACCCGAUAGUGGCCCUCAUCGGCGUCACUGAGAAAGGCUACCUAACCGUACGGCUCACCGCUAAGGGAGCGGUGGGCCACUCGUCGAUGGCACCCGUCGACACCGCCAUCACUACACUCGCCAAAGCCAUCUCAAAGUUUGAGUCGACAGUUCACCCGAAUAUGUUUGGAUUGGGUCCCGAAAAGGAUCUCUUCGAGGCAUUGGCUCCCAAUGCCAAUUUCCCCUUUAAUUGGUUGUACAGUAAUUUAUGGCUUUUUGGGCCAAUCAUUUCGCGGGUUUUGGCGGCCGUUCCGACGUCUAAUGGUUUGGUCCGGACGACCAGUGCUGUCACCAUAAUUGGCGGCGGAUUUAAAGAGAAUGUGCUGCCGAGCUCUGCCUCCGCUAUCGUCAACCAUCGCGUACACGUCAAGCAGACCAUCGACGAAGUGCUCGACUUUGAUCGCCGCCUGAUUAGCGACGAUCGCAUAGAGCUGACCGUCGAGGGAAUGCCCAUUCAUCCGCAUCCCAUCUCUCCAUACGAUGACAACGCAUUCGGCUAUCAAAUAGUCAAACGAAGUAUUAGACAAGUGUUCAACGAGUCGGUGGUCGUGCCCGGCAUUAUGUUGGCCAACACUGACACCAGAUGGUAUCAGCAUUUGACACGAGCUAUAUAUAGGUUCUCGCCGUCCGUUAUGUAUGCAGAGGACACCAAAAGAUUUCACGGCCAUAACGAGCGAAUCAAAGUUGACAAUUAUUUAAAAACAGUCAACUAUUAUCACCACAUUAUUGUAAACUCCGAUAAUAAGGACAUACCUGACCGGCCAGUAGUCAAAGACGAGCUAUAAUUAGUUAAAUUUGUUUUUAAUUUAGUGCCAGUUAUAUACAAAUUGAAGUCAAACACAUUUGAGUACAAAUUAAUGGCCGGUUUAUGUUUUGGUGAAAUGACUGUUGAUUUUUACCCAAACUAAUGGCCACUGAAUUAAUUCAAUUGCUUCUUGAUUUGAGUAGACAUUCUUGUAGACAAUCCAUACAUUUUAAAUAUAGCCUUAUAUUUAGGGAAUUA